UCUAUCAAUCUCCUUCUGCUGUGGCCAUAUUUGUUGAUGUGUCAUAGCAGUGAGUAGCUGUAGCUGGGCGAUCAGCUGCUUUAACGGGCAGUUCUGACCGUCACUGCACGGACAUACACGAUGACUUGUUGGGUUUUGAUUUGAACAUAAGCGGCCAUGAAACAGCCUGCUCCCACUACAGAUGCACAGAAAAUGGAAGCAUCAGAUAAUAAAUUGUCUACAGAGGAUUCAAACCCAAGAGCCGUGUUACGUACAAGUACAUCAAGCGUUGAAGAAGAGGAGCUCAUUUUUCAGAACAGUGGACAUGAGGUGAAGACUUGCAAUCAGGAAAAAGUUGAAAAACAGCUGGAGAGCGGAGAUGGAGCUCAUAUAUGCGGUGUGGACUAUCAUGAUGAAGGAGAGACGACCGCUGAUGUUCAGACUGACACACUUGGCCAUCUUUCAAAUAAGACUACCUCUGCCUGUCAUGAUGUUGCAGAAACCUCUCCUUCCGUUAUCGAAGGUACAGUGGAGACCUUUUUGACUUUUGAUGCGACAUCUCAAGCUGACAGUGAGCAGCCGUCACAGUCUCCCACUGCAGACAGCAGCAGCAAUGCUGAAAGUCCUUCACUCCAUUCUGUCCAAAGCACUUCCAAAAGCUCCCCCAUAGACUCUUCUACCUCUGGGAUCUCUAAUGGAGCCUCCACUCCGAGCUCAGACACACUCAGCCUCUCGCCAGCUUCCAGCCCACAGACCAGCUCUGGCGUCCCUCUCCCCUCACAGUCCUCAUCAAGCCCCUAUGACACUGAUUGCAGUCGAAAGCUCAUUUCUCAGAUCCAACGCUCGUUGUCACAAGAGUCGCUGUUGGAUGAACUGGAGUCGGAGCUUUUAGCUUGUGGCUUGUCUGAAAGGGAAAGCAGAGGAAAGGGGAAAGGGAGCUCGCCUGUCAAUGGACUCCCAGCAGACCAGGACGGCUGCAUGAUGGUCUUUGAGAAAUGUGUGCAGUACAAAUGCACUCAGCAGGAGAAGGCUAUUCAGAGGUUGCUUGAGGAGAACAAGAGACAUCAGGAGCUGAUCCUGGGGAUCUGCUCAGAAAAAGAUAAUAUGAAGGAAGAGCUGAAAAAGAGAGCAGAGACAGAGAAGCAGCACAUGGGCUCUAUUAAAAAGCUGGAGGGGAGGGUGGAGGAGCUGCUGAAAGAGCUGAAGGAGUCGCGAGAGAAAUUGAUCCAUCAGGAUCAAGCAGCCAAAGCUGCUUUGCAGCAGAUGCAGAGAGAGACCACUUUCAGGAUAGAACAGGUGAACAAGAAGUGUGAUGAGGCGCGGCAGGAGAAGGAGGCCAUGGUGAUGAAGUACGUGCGAGGAGAGAAGGAGGCCCUGGACCUGAGGAGGGAUAAGGAGAGUUUGGAGAAGAGGCUGAGGGAAGCCCUCAAGGAGGUGGACCGCCAAGCCCUGAGGGGAAAUCAGCUGGCUCAGGAGAAGGGACGGCUGCAACAGCUUUAUGACGCAAAGGAAGGUGAGGUUGGCCGACUGACACGGGAGGUGGAAAAGUUAAAAGAGGAGAUCAACUCUCAUCUAAUCAAAGUCAAAUGGGCUCAGAACAAAUUAAAGAGUGAAGCAGAUGCUCAUAAGGAAACAAAAGACAAACUGAGAGAAACCACAUCAAAGCUGGCUCAGGCCAAAGAGGAGACGGAACAGAUCCGAAAGAAUUGCCAGGACAUGAUUCGAACGUAUCAGGAAUCGGAAGAGCUUCGUUCCAACGAGCUGGACGCUAAACUGAGGGAGACCAAAGGCGAGUUGGAGAAACACAAGCAGGAGCAAACAGACCAAUUAGAGAUGCACCGAGCAAAGGCUAAAGAACUGGAGGAGUUGAAGAAGAGUUACAAAGAGAGCAUAGAUGAGCUGGAAACACUACGCACCAAGUUAAAGUGUCUGGAGGACGAGCGGCCGCGGUGGGAGGAUGAGCUGACCAAAUACAGGGAGAUCAUAAACCGGCAGAAAGCUGAGAUUGGCCGCCAGAGGGAAAAACUGGAGGAGGUCACCGCGCUUCAGGAUCAGCUUGAACGGGACAAACAGGAGAUCAGCUCUCUGCAAGGGGAAGUGGAAAGCCUAACCAAUCAGAUGGUCGACCUCCAGAGGGAUGUUCAAGGCAGCAGGGAGCGUGAAGCUGAGCUGCUGGGCUUCACAGAGAAGCUGAGCAGCAAGAAUGCCCAACUGCAGUCAGAGAGUAACGCGCUUCAGUCUCAGCUGGAUCAGGUCAGCAGCAGCUUCAUGGAGCUCCAAGCAAAGCUGGAAGAGACCAGCAGGCUUCUGGACGACAAGUCACGGAAGCUGAAACAGGAAGAAGUGAUGAGGCACCAGGAGGUGCAGGGUCUGCAGGGAGAACGGGCGGCUCUGCAGGCAGAGGUCGCCCAACUGAAGACCAGAGUGGAGGAGCUAAGGGACGAGCUGGUGACGCAGAAACGGAAACAAGCAGCUAACAUCAAGGACCUCACCAAACAACUAACGCAAGCCCGUAAAAGGCUGGAGCAGGUUGAGAAUGGAGGAUGUGAUCGAGAUGCCAGCAGUAUGGGCAGUCGCUCCAGUUCAUCAGGUUCCUUAAAUGCACGCCAUGGUGGAAGCAGCAGCGUUGAGGAGCGUUCACCAGAGAGCCAAUCUGGUCCUUCCGUGAUGGUCGUGGACAGCUUCCCAGAGGUCGACAAGGCGGUGCUCGUAGAUCGAAUAGUCCGUCUGCAAAAGGCCUUGGCAAGAAAGCAGGAGAAAAUUGAGUUCAUGGAGGAUCACAUUAAGCAGCUGGUGGAAGAGAUCCGCAAAAAGACUAAAAUUAUCCAGAGCUACGUGCUUAGAGAGGAGUCAGGGGCCCUCUCAUCAGAAGCUUCAGACAUUAACAAGGCCCACCUCAGCCGGCGGGGCGGCAUCAUGGCUUCGCUUUACACCUCCCACCCGGCGGACAGCGGGCUGACCCUGGACCUGUCUCUGGAGAUUAACCGGAAGCUGCAGGCAGUGCUGGAGGACACACUGCUGAAGAACAUUACUCUGAAGGAGAAUCUGCAGACUCUGGGAUCUGAGAUUGAAAAACUCAUAAAGCAGCAGAAGAGUCCAGAAGACGGAGUCCGGAAGAAGUAAAAAUGAACUCCUUGAGCAACUUCUGUUUCUAUUCCCGACAAAUGAAGGAGCAGAUAGUACGUCGUAAGUGCCAGUGAGAUGUGGGACCUCUUGAACCGUUUCCGUCCAAUCGGAGGAAAUGUCUGAGCUUACUUGAACAGUUGCUACUCCAUCCGCAUUGUGCCACCUCUAUUUAUAGAACCUGACAGAAGAACUUUUCCUACGGCCCACAUUUUUCUCCCUAAAGAAUGCCAAGAGAAACUCUUUGGGAUUAUCGCUUCAGACUUGAACUAUCUCGAGGCAGUAUUGUGAAUGUUUAGAGAAACCUCUUUGGAAACUGCCAGUAAAAACAAUCCAGGGUUCCUAUGCAUUUUGGUAAAAUUCUGCUUUUUUUUUUUUAUUAUUGAUUUCCAGGUCUAAAAAGGAAGGAGGGAAAAAUAUUCAUUUUUAGAUUUUAUUCAAUGUCCCACUCUUAUUUUCCUCAUUUAUUUAUUUUUUCCUUUCUGCUUCUUUCUCUAGAUUUUUUCGUAUAUUUUCACCUUUGUCUUCCUUUACUUCCUCCUACCUCACCUCUUUCAUGGUGUCUACGUCCUCUCUUUCCUCCCUCCUUUGCACGUUUCCUCCAUGUGUCCUUUCUUCCUUCCUGUUUAUUUUAUUUCCAGUUUCCAUAAAUAAAAGCCUGCUAUUUUUAGAAAUGUCAGUCAUAGAAAAUAAACUUGUUUUAAAUAUCAAAAUGAAUCCGAAGGAAAGAAACUUGAGACAUUAAUUCUGGAUUUUUCUCUAUAGUCAAGAAAGAUGUGUAGGAAUCCUGAAAGAAAAUAAACUUAAAAGAUCAUGGGCAGUAUUCCAGAACAUCAGAUAUAUUUUGACUCUUCAGCUGGACGUUUGAAGCAAAACUACAACAAAGGAGAGGUCGGCCCCGGCUUUAGGGCAGCCAGUUUUCCUCUGCUGCAUUUUGCUUCUGUUUGUUUUCUUUUUUCCUCGCCCUGAGCAGCACUUACGGCCGAGCCGGCGGCGCGAGCUGACUCUCAUCAGCGAAGCCGCCCGUCUGUAAGGCACAGGUGCUCGAUUUCAUGAAGCAUCUUUGUAAUGUUUCCCUGUAGCCGACAGCAUAACGCCACCUGCUCUUCAGCUGCAUUAACUUUGAGUUAGUCUCAGAUUAAAUGUAAUUUCUUACGAGGGGUUUGAAUUGUACAGCUGGUCUUAAAUUUUGCCACACUGAAUGUAUUUUUUUUUUCUUCCUUUGAAUUAAUCUAAUAUAUUUUCUUAUUUCAUACAUAUGUGUUUUAGUUUUUAUUAUCAGGAUGAUUUUUUUUCUAUCUAGUUUAUUGUUCUUAAGGGAAAGUUUAGAAAUUUUGAAGCUUUGUUCAAAGGUUAUAUAAGCAGUCAUCACUCCGUCACAUUAGUAACCGUCUAGUUAGCAUUACAGUGGCUAAAGAAGAAAAUUCAAAAUGUUGAUCUAAUAUUUAUCCAUGCUGCUUUAUGACUCUAUAAUUUAUUUAUUUGAUGGUUUCUGGGUGCCAAGUCUCUGCCGAGAUCCCACCUGAAGUGGUUCCAACUAACAGUCUUUAAUCAAUAUAACUGAUAAUUAUCUGACCAAUUGGAAACACUAAUAGAUUGUGACUACAGCUGUUUCUCCAGUCGGGAAUAAAAUCUAGAAUAAAACUUGACAACAAAAGUGAUUUUCCCCUGUCCUGCAAUAGAAAACUAAAUUUUAAACCCAUUAUUCGAAUACAAACACAUGCUGAACAGGUUUACGCCAAAAGUGACACAAACUCAAAGCCUUGGUGACACAAAUUGUGCUUAAUGAAUGCACAAUGGAUCUUUAUCUUUGGUCUUGGUUAUCCUCACUACUGCAAGACUUAUACCUUCAAACUCCAAUAUCAAUGACUCAAUAGUUUUUUAUACUUUCUCAAACUAUCCUAAUGUUUGCAUUGGUUCGUCAUUUACAUGCAAAGUUAAAUG